AUAUUUUUCUAAGUUAAACUUAAUUAGCGCACUUUUGUUGUUACUGAGCUUAAUAAUGGAUUUUGCAAACAUUAAUGAGUUUAUAGCAAAUAAAACUAUCUUAGUUACUGGUGCAACUGGUUUCAUUGCUAAGGUUCUUGUGGAGAAGUUACUUCGGAUUCAGCCAAAUGUUAACAAAUUAUACCUUCUUGUAAGGGCUAGAGAUGCUCAGGCAGCUGAUGUACGGCUGCAACAUGAGGUGUUAGGCAAGGAUUUGUUCAAAGUUCUAAGAAGAAAAUGGGGGACAAAUUUUGAGUCUUUUGUGUCGGAGAAAAUAACAGCAGUUGCCGGUGAUAUUUCGUAUGAGAACUUGGGACUUACUGUUGAUCAGAUGAAGCAAAUAUACAAGGAUAUAGAUGUUGUAAUCAACGUAGCAGCAACUAUCAAAUUUGAUGAAAGGUAUGAUGUUGCAUUAGGUGUUAACACCCUAGGAGCGAAAAAUGUUGUAAACUUUGCAAAAAAUUGUGCUAAAAUACAGUUGCUCAUCCACGUCUCAACUGCAUAUGUGUGUGGAGAAAAGGCAGGAUUAAUAUCUGAAAGUCCGUAUGCCAUGGGUUCAACUCUUAAUGGUGCGAUUGAUUUGGAUAUUGAUUGCGAAAAGAAGCUUUCUGAACAUACUUUAAGCGAUCUUAAAGCCAAAGAUCUUCCGGAUAAGACAAUUAGACAAAUGAUGAAGGACUUAGGAAAUCAAAGGGCAAAAUUGUAUGGAUGGCCAAAUACGUACUCAUUUACUAAGGCAAUGGGAGAGAUGGUUAUAGGGCAACUCAGAGGAAAUUUACCAGUAGUUAUCAUGAGGCCUACCAUUGUAUGUAGCACAAUUAAAGAACCCUUCCCUGGUUGGGUUGAAGGUGUCAGGACUAUUGAUAGUGUAGCAGUCACGUAUGCAAAGGGUCAUCUUCCAAGUUUCUUCCCUGUCUGUAGAUACUCUGUCUUCGACUUGAUACCGGCUGAUAUAUUUGUGAACUCGAUGAUUGUGGCUAUGAAGGCUCAUGUAAACCAACCUUCUUUGACUAUAUACCAAGUGGGGAGCUCAUACAGAAACCCAGUUACUUUUGAAGAGUUGCACGACUUUCAUUUUCGCUACUUCACUAAAAAUCCAUGGACCAAUCGUCAAGGUUUCCCAGUCAAAAUUGGCAAGGGCUUGGUGUUAAGCAACAUACUGAUAUUCGAAGUCAUACUCUUCAUGUUCCAUGUCGUGGUGAAGAUGAUGUUAAUGUUCGUUACUAGAAUGGGUUGUUCUAAGUUUCAAUGUAUUCUCUACAACCUUGACAAAAAGUUGCAAAUUGCUAGGAAAUUGGUGGACUUGUACAAACCCUACCUAUUUUUCAAGGCCAUUUUUGUAGACACAAAUACUCAAAGGUUGAUGGAAACUGCCCGCGAAAAUGGUCUAGAUGAAGAUGUGUUCAACUUUGAUCCUUUGUCCAUCAAUUGGAAGGACUAUUUUUACAAUGUCCACCUUCCCGCAAUUGUUAAAUAUUUGUUCUAGACGUACUAGCUUCUAAGUUCUAAGAAUGGAUCGGACUAGUAUUUGCUAGCCUUUCAUCUCAUCUUUCUUAGCUCAAACUUGAAAAACUAAUAACAUGCUUGUAUAGGCUUAAUGCCGUGACUUAAUUUUAUCCAAGUUUAUCGUUUUCA